AUGAAGCCACUUCCUACCUCUCCUUCCUCGAGCCCAAGACUGCUGCACAGAAGCAGCAGCAGCGAGUGGCACGCCGUGGUGCAGAGGAACGUCAGGUCCUCGCUGCUGCUGCUCCUGGUGCUCUCCACCAUCUUCGUCUUCUCUGUCCUCUACUCGUCGCACGGCUUCGGCGCAACGACGGCUGACCAAGCGCUCACGCAGAGGCAGAGCACGGAUCAUGGAGCGAUCGAUCGUUUUGUGCCGGCACAGGAGGAGGCCGAUCAACCGACAGUAGUCCCUGCCGAGAACAAUGAGGCGCCAGAACCGAGCUUACCUUCAGACAUCUCGUUGCCAUCAGCAAACGGGUCAGCAGCUCCCACGGUUCCUGCAUCGAGCAGAGGCAGAGCAGAACAAACUGGUGAUCAGAGUUCGGCAGGAGCGGCGCAUGCUGAGGAGAAAUGCGACAUGUCCGUGGGGAAAUGGGUGAGGGAGCCACGGGGUCCGGUCUACACAAACCUGACGUGCCCGACGCUGCCGGACAUCAAGAACUGCCAGAAGUACGGCAAGGACCCCGGGCACCUCUUCUGGCGGUGGCAGCCCGACGGCUGCGACCUGCCGCGCUUCGUGCCGGAGCGGUUCCUCGACGUCGUCCGCGGGAAAACGCUGGCCUUUAUCGGCGACUCGCUGGCGCGCAACCAGAUGGAGUCGCUGCUCUGCCUGCUCUCGCAGGCCGAGACGCCGACGGACGUGUACCGCGACGCGUUCGACAAGUUCCGGACAUGGCACUUCCCGGGGCACAACUUCACGCUGAUGGCGAUGUGGACGGAGUUCUACGCGCACGGCGUGCCCGUGCUCGGCGCCGACGGCAAGCCGACGCCCUCCUCUGACAUCCACCUGGACAGGCUCAACGCCAACUGGACGGCUCGCCUGCCGGGGCUGGACUACGCCGUCGUCUCCGGCGGCAACUGGUUCUUCCGCGUCAACUACCUCUGGGAGGGCGGGCGCCGGAUCGGCUGCGUCAACUGCCGCGAGCCCGGCCUCACGGACUUCGGCAUCGCCUACGCCGUCCGCCGCGUCGUCAGGGCGGCGCUCCAGGCCAUCGCCCGGUGCCGGGACUGCAAGGAGGGACUCGUCACGUUCCUGCGCACCUACACGCCCGACCACUUCGAGCACGGCUCCUGGUUCAGCGGCGGCUACUGCAACAGGACGCGGCCGCUGGAGGAAGGCGAGAUCAGCUCGCAGAGCAUCGGGUGGGAGCUGAGGAGGGUGCAGAGCGAGGAGGUGACGAGGGUGAGGGAGACGGCCGGGAGCACCAGCUUUGAGCUGCUGGACGUGACCAAGGCAAUGAUGCUGCGCGCCGACGGCCACCCCGGCGGGCACUACGACAAGCGGUGGGUCAGGAACGCCAGCGACUGCCUACACUGGUGCCUGCCCGGGCCUGUCGACAUGUGGAACGGCAUGCUGCUCCAGAGGCUUGCACACAUCUCGCCUCAGCCGCUGCUGCGUUGA